GCAGGAAUCUACAUCUGUACUGCCACUAGUUCUGUGGGUUACGCGAGUCGAGAAAUCCAGCUCAGUGUUAACACAAUACCGAAGAUAGCGGGUGCGAGUGACCAUGACAACAUAGUAAAAAUGUCUGCAGAGGUGGGAGCAGAGGUAGUUCUACCUUGUGAGGCCCAGGGGAGUCCGACACCACUUGUCACGUGGAACAGAAAUGGUCACCCCAUCCCCCCUGUCACAGCAGGGUUCACUGUUUUGCCCUCAGGCUCCCUGAAGAUAACUGAUGUACGCCUCAUUGAUAGUAAAUUGUACACGUGUACUGCAGAGAACCCAGCCGGCAAUGUGUCCUUAAGCUACAAUUUACACAUCCAAGCCAAGCCCAGGAUUCAGCCCGCACCCCCGCUACUGAAAGCCCUGGUGGGACAAACAGUCACGCUCCCAUGUGUGGUCCAGGGGGAGCCGAGCCCAGAGGUCAAUUGGUUUCACAAUGGUCUUCCUGUUGGGAUCAAGGACACGUCACCCUUUAGGAUCCAGCACGUCAGCAUGGCUGACAAAGGAACUUACCAAUGCGUGGCUCGCAACAGCGCUGGACAGGAGACUUUGGAGAUCAUGCUGGAAAUUCUUGGUGAAUUCCUGUUCCUUAAUACCAGCCUUUUACAGCUCAAGUAA